CAUGUUUUCUAUGAGUUUAUAUAAUGGACAUUAGCACUGCUGAGGUUUGUGUUAGAAGUUGCUCAUAGAUCAUAAAUAGUUGUUGUCAUUUAAUGUGCAUGCUGCAUAUUUAUAUAUUAAUGUUUUGUUUUAUUCUCUCCUCAUCUUGUUCAAAUGUGUCUGCUGUCCUCCCACCAGCCCAAACACAGUGUUUUUACACUGUGACAGCCAUCCCUUUUGGCCUCCAGAUUGACAUGAGAUUGAACUUCACUGCUGGAAACUACAGAAUAUAUCUGACUGAAAAAGGCAAACCAGAGACUAAAAAGAUGUUCAACGUUCAGUUCUCCAAUCAAAGUUCAUCACAUAACAUCACACAACUGAAGCCCUGCACCGAAUAUCAGUAUGAAGUUGUAUUUAUCAACAAUGAUGGCAGUGAAACCUCCUGUAACCACACUGAAGAUAAAAACGGAACUGUAACAACAGAACGAAUGCGUGAAGGUGACAUUAAAGGUGGCAGCUCCAUUCCUGGAUUUAUUUCUUUCCAAAGUGAUUGGGACAUCAGCUCCUCACUAUCAACACCAAAUAAACAUCUGCAAUACAUCAAUAAAGCUUACCGUCUCAAACUGGAUAUCGAGGACAUUUGCUCAGAUUUUACAGCAACCUUCACUUCAGGAAACUGUGUGAACUCUUCCAUUAGCAUCACCAAAAGCAUCCCUGUUGUUAUCUUACAUCCAAGUGAAAUAAAACAGAGUGUUUCCACUGGACUUCCUGCAACAAUCAAUACAACGUUCCCUUCAAAAUGUAAAAAUCUCUCCGUUGAUUACACCUGUUCAGAAAAUGGAAAAGUCAGUGACUCCAAGAAACUGUUUGAGCUGGAGCCUUUCACAGACUACACCUGUACUGGUCUGAUUAAAGACAACAACGUCCCCUUAGAUAAGAGAACUACACCGAUCCACGUCAGGAUCGACUGCAGUUUCAGAAUAACCAUCACAAAGAGAGAGACAACCAACACUUCCAUUGAGCUGACCUGGACAACAACCAGUGACAACUGCCAAGACGACCUUCCUAGACUUCAGAACCUUUCACUGUCUUAUGACUGCAGCUGUGAGACGAAUAAAAGUAAAAGUAAGUAAAAUAGUUUGGAGUCACUG